AAUUUUGAAAUGUUUGAUCCAAAAAAACAACUCUUAGUUGAUGAUUACUUAAAAAUUAGAACAAAUUAAAAUAUAUAUUGUGCGGGUGACAUUUGCAUAUCUAGUUAAAAUGAAACUAAAACAGCAUUUGCUGCUGAAAUGUAAGGAGAAAUCAUAGCUUACAAUUUAAAACAUCCAAAUAAAUAGAUUAAAUCAUAUUGGAUACCUAACACUUAUAUUAUAUCUUUAGGUGGAUGGAAAGCAGUCUUUGUAUUUGAAACUUUUACUUUUGGUGGUUUUAUACCUUAUUUGAUGAAACUCUUUAUUGAAGUUGUUGUAGUCAAUGAUUUUAGAGGAAUAAUUGGAUUUAAUACUAUUCAUUAGAUCAUGAAUUAUAUUGUUUAUGUUAUGCUCUAUAUCUAUAUGAUUAUGUAAUUGCUAUUUGCUAUUGCUCCUUUGGGAAGCAAAAUUAAAUAAGAUCAAAGAGUUGAAUUAAAAAGAAUUUAAUAAGAAAUUGAAGAAUUCAAAAAACAAUGA